GUAACUUAGUAAAUUAUGCAUAUUUUUAUAUUUUUAGCUGCCUUGAGUGUGGCUUCCUAUGGAAAGACAGCACAUAAAUAAAUGAUGAUUAUACUGAUGAAUUCAGGAUUUCAAGCAGGAAUCUCUCUUGCACCUACCUGAAGAUGUUGAGAAUUGCACCCAGGGCUGUCUGUAUCAAAGGAGAUACUCUGUCACUAAGCUAAGGCCCUCCCCCAAUGAGAGCUGUAAUUCAACAUCUGGAGGGCCACAGGUUCCCCAUCCCUGCUGUAGAUGAGCAUGGCUUUCUUUUAUUUCCAAAAUAGGAGGAUUUUUUCCAUUUUCCUUUGUGGCUCAAUUCUGUUCAUUAGUCAUGUAUUGUGCACUUUAUGCUAGAUAUGGUGCAAGUAUCACCCACUGAAGCACUGCCAAAUCUGGCAAUAUCAUCGCAGAGCCCGUAUCUUUCACAUAGAAGCAACCUACAGAGAGGGCCAACUCUAUUCUGCUUAUGGAGGGUGAGGUGGAAAGAGUGUGAAUACAUAUAUAGUGAGCUGGGCCAAGAAAAUAUUGCUAGUGCCCCAUAGAUCAGAUCAAUAGCUGACAGCAAGAGCCACAACCUUUUCCUGCUCUAAAAGCAUUCUUAAAAAUGUUAACAUUUGAAAAUAUUAUGCAAAUUGUGUCACAAACCUAUACCCAAAUUCUUUCAAGUAUCCAGCAAUACGCCUAAUACAACCUAAGGCUCUAAUAAUUAAAAUAUCAAGAAUGGAUAAGACAAAAAGUAUCUUAGAAAGUUCUCACAGCUCAUGAAUUGAUACUAAAAAUAUAUAAACGCAGUACAAAUAAGAAAUAAACAAAUUGUUUUAAAAUGCCAAAAUGACAACUGUGAAACUGAGCUUUAAAAGCACACCACUGUAUUUUCUAGUAGUAGUAAAGGAAGUGAAUAUUUGGCUACAUAAUUAUGUUUAGGUUUUAAAAAGCAUUAUAUCCUUUUUGUUACUUUCUAUGUUUAGUAUGAGAAAAACAUGCAACAAACUCAAGCGGUUUCAACUUUUAGUAUCUCUGCAAUAAGACACAUACUUUCCCCAGUAAAUUCAAGAAGAAGGAAAACCACACCAGACAAAUUGAUGAAAGACAGUGCAGAAUGACAACUCAUUGUACCUUCUGGGCAGUAUUCUGAAGUCACUUUAUGCAUGAUUGUUCUUGUCAUAUUAGUCACUGGUGUGUAGCCAAUAAUAAACUCAGAGAUGCUGGAGCAACUCGUAGAAUCAAGAUUACAAUCUGGAACUUCAUCAUGCCUUUUGUUAGGCUGAAUCAUGCUUAUUAUUAUUAGCAAACCUAAAAAGGUAAGUGGAAUCAGGACUUCCUGUAUAUAGGGAACAAACAAGUUAAAUGGUAAAAGAAGAAACGAAACAAGAGAGCCACAGUUGCAUUUAUGCACACAGGCCCAAUGAAGACAACCAGCUUAGGUACACAUAACAGAGCGGAGGGGCAGCAGCAUUUACUACAAAACGUAAAGAUGAAUGAGAUAUAUGUAACAAAAUGUACAUACUGCUCAACAGUAAAACCUCAGAGUGGUUCGCAAUUCUGCAUCAUGUGAUAUGAAUAGUUUAAAAACAUAUUAGCAACUCUUAGAAUUGAAAGAAAAAGAGAAUGAUGUUUUUAUGAUAUAUGGUUUAUUUACACACAUAUAUAAACCGAGCCUAUGAUGUUCACAGCAUUAAUACCCCAAAAGUGUCUUGUUUCUCCCUUAUCCACAGCUCUGUUUUGUCUCCCUUAGCCAAAGCCUUGGAUUCAAACAGAAAUAGAACAUUUCCUACUCUUUCUCCAGCGUGCUGCUUUAUUUCAAGGUCAUAUCACUCCAAAACUAUACUCCAAACUCUGGCUUUGUCUGUUGAAGGAAGAGGCCCCACCCAUUUGCCAUCUCUCACUGAACCCCUUAACGGCUCACCACCCAGGCUAUCACUUCACCAGGAGGCUAGUUUAUCUGUUCGCAGAAUAAGAAGCCUUGAUUUAAUUUAAUACUCUCUGGAUCCAGGGAUUGGAGUGGUCUGGCACACAGCUUGGCACUCCAAACUCAUAACAGCAUAUAAAAAAAUCAACUCACCUGAACACUAGCCUUUUUAGUCCUCCAUUUAACUAGACAGUUCUUGUAUAAAAGAGCUCUGGUCUGUCGCCACACUCCUAUUUGUCUCGGAGGAUCCAGAGACAUUUUUUAUGUGUAGCCUGAAAAGCAAAGCGAUACAUGAGUGCAUUUGCACUUUUAAAAGUGCACUUUAAAUUAAUUUGCACCUUUAAAAAUGCUCAACAAUAGUUAAAACAACCAACUCUUACAUACUCUUAAAGUUAAUAUUGGGUCUUUCUGGUUGCUCACUCACAAGUUCUAUUUUAUCCCUCAUUUAAAUGGCCAUAAACAUUUACCGUAUCCUCAUUUAGGAAUGAGUCACAUUGAAGUAGUCCCCCAUUAAGUCAGUUUAAAAGCUGUUCUACGACUUGUUUGAUGUUAACCACCACCAUUAUAAUCCCAUCACAGAUCAAAUGGAGUCUUAUCUCUUUUCAACAGGCACAGCUAUUUUCAAACUGUUCCUUGGUGCUUUAAGAAAGCUAAAUUCUUUCUCUUGACUCACUCAUCACCCAAACACAUAGACCCUCACAGUUCUGGUCCUGUGCGUAGAACGAGCCCUCACAGACCCAAUCUAGUUCACCCUGCAUAUGGAGCAAGUAGGAAAGCUAACAUGGUAUAGUGGUUAGUGUGCUGUAUAAGGAUUAGGGAGAUUCAAGUUCGGCACAAUGUUCACCAGCUGACUUUGGAACAGUCACUUUCUCACAUACUAAGUCAUCUCACAGAGCUGGUGUAAGGAAAAUAAGGGAGGAGAACAUAUAGCCUUGAGCUACUUAGAGGAAAUAUGGAAUAUAAAAUAUAUUCAACAAUAAGUAACACUUAUGAAAACACUAUUGAAGAGGUUCUGAACUUCAUUGCCUUACCUUAGUUUUUCUUCCUAGAGUGCACAAUUCAUCUGUGUCUGAGGUGCCACAACUGUCAAUCCCUCUCCUGCACUGUGAACAUUCACCACAUAUUUAUAGGGUAGUAAUCUGGAAUUUUUCUAAUAGGCAGGCAAGUCACCAUACAAUCAACAUACCUAUCACAAGUUCAUAUGGAUUAUCCACAUAAGCUCCCUCUCCCAAAGGUUUGGUGACAGGGUUGCAAGUAAUUCUAAAUAAGGAAUCUCUUAAGGUAUUCUGAAAACUAAUAGCUAUCAACCAUCUGAACAGAUUUCCUCACACUUGAAAGAAUCAGAUAUUGCAAGAUUCUGAACUUCACCAAGCAAUGACUGGCCCACAACAGUGAACUAAUUCUAAAGGGCUCCUUCACUAGAGUAGUUCUACCUCAAUCCAGAUAAGGCACCAAACACAUCAAGUGCAUGACCUGAUCCAUGUAUCUGUUCUCUCUAUAUAACAGGACAGUCCAAAGGUUGCCAUGGUGUCUAUGAAAUCCUGAGUCACUCCUUGUAUAAUAAGGCCUCAUGUGGAUUAUUGCAGCCCCCACUCAGACCAACAGCCCAGAAAUCUCCAACAUGGUAAAACUGAGACCACCACAGAGAUGGUUAGAACCUCAGUGUCUCCUCACAGCCCAACACUGAUGGGUAAAAAAACAGAAAAGAAAAAGGAAUUACUAUGAAAUACAGCUGUUUUGCCUGACCCUAGCCAUCUAUUCACCUGUGAUGCUUUGCGGAUAAUGCAGCUGGACAUCUCCAGGACAGAAUAAGACACAGUGUCACACCAGCUAGGUUUCUGUAGCACAUGCCAGAUCGAUCCCUUCAUCCAGGAUUAAAUCCAGGAGAACUUUCCUCUUAUAUAGCUUGGCACAAUCUCCUUCUCCCCACCUCAGGCUAAUAAACAUACCUCCCUUACUUGCCCAGAAUUAGCAACAGAUCUUUUCCGCAAAAUCCUUCCCAUGAGACAAAAAAGAAGAACUUUCUACCUUCUUCAUGGCCAAUAUCCCUUUCACCUGAACAGUUUCCACCUUACAUCUGUCUGUCAACAGCACCUACUUAAACGAGUUCCUUGGACAGCAGCCUUUCAGAACAGCCAGGUGUUAAAUGCUUAAUUAAAAAGUAAUGCUUUUUAAUUUAAAAGUAUUAACCAACCUGUGGAGACUGAAAACAAUCUGCUAGGGAGAGAAACGUGCAGGAUCCCUGUGUCUCAGCUCUUCUGGGAUCCCAAAGUCAAGACAUCAGAAUCCUGACCCUAUAUGACGUCUGGCACAAGCCACACCCGUGGAUGUGAAAGUCUUGAGAUGGACAAGCAAGAACAGGAGUCAGCAGGAGGCCAUUAAAAGACCCCAGGAAGGAAGAAGCACAGCCAAGGUGUUCCCACUGGCCCUCAGCCACACUUCAGCUCAUCAUCGCCUUGCCGUCUCCUGGUUGGCAUUUCGGUCCCCAAUGUAGCAUCAUGCCAAUCACAUCCUCCUCCUCACUGCAGUCCGGGAAUGGAAGAUGACAAUUAAUAGAAAGCAGCAGCAAGCAGGCUCCAAGGAGCCAGACCAGGCGGUGGCAGCGGAGGCAGCUUAAUGGGCUGGUGGCUCUGUUGUCGGACCUAAAUGGCAGCCCAGAGAGGAGAGGAUUCAAGCAGCAGCAGCAGCAGCAGGCAAUCCUAAAACCCAAGGAGGCAGGCAGGUACUGGAGCAGAGGAGCAAUGAAAAGGAGGGGAUAAUGGGGAUAAGAGAAACAGCGCCCGUUUCCUCGCUGGCCUUCAUCCCAUCCUAAGCUCUCUUUUUUUCCUAUUCACUGUGUCUCCAAGCGACGCCUGACUGAGUCGAUUUGAGGGAUGCAUUAGGGCGCUGGCUCCAUGCCCGAAAAGGCAACCCAUGCACCAGCCUCUGCGACGCCUUUCAAAGCACAAAGGUCGGUUCCUUGCCCCUCAAGCCAAGGGCAACAAGGCAUCUGGAGAAGGUGCAGCUGCUGCUGCUGCUGUGGUGGACAGCCCCCCAGCCCCAUGGGCGUAUCCAAGGGGGAGGGAGCUGCUUCCCUUAAAUCAAUACAAAUCUGAGGACCCGUCCCCCCCAAAAUCCUGGCUACGCCCAUGCGUCCCCCCCUCCAAAAAACACAAAAGCCCCUCCUCCCUUUUAUCACCAGAGUGGCUGGGGUCACCAAGUCAGAUGGGCAGGGUACAACAAUUUUAAUUAUUGUUAUUAUUAUUACCCCACACUAACGUAUCCUGCCUUCCCUCGCUUGCUUUCCCCUCAUGGAUGCGUUAGCUGAGAACCCUUUGCUUUGCAAACGGGGUUGGGCUAGAUGACCCCUCGGGGUGCCCCCUUCCAACUCGACCCUUCCAGCAUCCCUCCCUUUCGCCUCACCGCAGCGUCGCUCCUCCUCACGGCGGUUUCCUUCCCGUGCCACCGCUCCCGGCCUGCGCGCGCAGCUGCUGCCUCCGGGUGGGAAGAAGACCUUUGCGUCAGGCCGCAGGCUCCCGGCCGAGCAGCGAGCGGCGGCGUCUCUCCAGUCCCCGAGCGGCGGGAGGGAGGGAGGGGAACGCGGGAGCGGCAGCUACUUCCCGCCGGCGCCCGGCGCCGCCCUUCUUCACUCACCUGCGCCUUUGGUGAGGGGACCAGGGAGCCGAACUCACCUGUCCUUGGGGCGGCGGCGGCGGGGGGGGCGGGAGCCUUAGCUGCACUAAGUCGUCGGUAGAGCCGCCAAAUCAGAGGCAAAGACCGGCCAGCACCUUUCCUCGCUUUGCCGUCUUUGUCUCUCUGUGUGUACUGCGUAACUGUGUAAAGCAAAUUAACCAUGGGCCGUAGCCAAGGGCUAUUCAAUUAACUGAGGUUCUCAAUCAACUGAGGUUCUGCCCUCCCCGCUCCAAUGUGUGUGCAAUGUUUGUGCAAAUUAACCAAGGGGUACUUAAUUAACUUGACUUUCUGCCUUCACCCAGCAGAAGCAUGUCCCGCCCGUUAAUGUCAUUUUCUUGUUGUUAAUGUUAUUUUUGUUAUUUUUACCCGUGAUUUCCCAGAAACCUCAGCUGUCCCCCCCCCAACAAAAAUCCCGGCUACGCCCAUGAAAUUAACUUCGAGGAUUCAUUUGAUUUAUUCCAGACCCUCCCUAUUUUCCAGGGACACCCCUGAUUUAGAGAAGCCGUCCCAGCUUCUGAUUUGAUUCCGAAAUGUCCCACUUUUCCUUAAGAAGUCCUAUUUUCACUGGAGAAAUGUCCGAGGGUAUGGAGUUAUUUGACCCCCCCCCCAAGCCAUCUGAAGGCAAUCCUGUAUAGGUGUUGUUUUUUUAAUGUUUACUGUAUUAUAUUUUUUAAAUACGUUGGAAGUAAACCAGAGUGGCUAGGGCAACCCAGUAAGAUGUGUGGGGUAUAAAUAUUAAAAUUAUCAUUAUGGAAUCGGAUGCCCCUAUUUUCAACUGAGAAGUGUUGGAGGGCAUGUUACUCUGAAGCAAGGUUCCUUAGGAUACAGCCUCUUUGCCUUAAACAAGAGGUGCAGGAGGGAGGGCGAGGGGAACUGAUAACUGAUUACUGAUAACGAGAAGAAAAUUUAGAUUCGCAAUUUAUGUAAAGUGGGUUCUUGCGUUCAGGAGGAGUACUGUAGUCCCAAAUGUGUAGAGUUAAAUAAAAGUCAUCAGGUAACUGUGUUUGGAGGUUUGAGGCAAUAUUAUUAUGCUCCGUGCAUGCAGCUUUGAACAGCAAGUCCUGCGUUGUUUGGCAUUGCUUCUGAAAAGACCCCUGGCAGUUUCAAAAAUGAUUUGACACAGCAUUCAAGGGCAGGGGCACAACGGCUCAAAAAACACAAUACCAAAUGCAUCUCAAGACAUUUGGAACUAGACAGACAAAAAUAAACAAGUACGUAAGAGUCUGCUGUAUCUAGCCAUUGGCCCAACAAUCCAGCAUUUCAUUCUCAGUGUGACCAACCAGGCAUCUAUGGGAAGCAGAAAAGUGGUACUUCACACAGUGCAUCCUCAAACUAUGAAAUUUGCUUCCAUAACAUGACACGUUGGAACACCAACUCAGAUGGCUUUAAAAAUGGAUCAGAGGAUCCUGUCCAUGAUUAUACCUUAUGAAGGCCAAAUUACCUUAGCUAUAUUUCUCCAGUAACUUAGCUAUACAUAUUAUUAGUUAUGAUGGCUAUAUUAACACUAAAACCCAGCCAGAUGUUGUUGUUGUUUAGUUGUGUCCGACUCUUCGUGACCCCAUGGACCAGAGCACGCCAGGCACUCCUGUCUUCCACUGCCUCCCACAUGCUGGUACUUCAUGCUGGUAGCUUCGAGAACACUAUCCAACCAUCUCAUCCUCUGUCAUCCCCUUCUCCUUGUGCCCUCAACCUUUCCCAACAUCAGGGUCUUUUCCAGGGAGUCUUCUUUUCUCAUGAGAUGGCCAAAGUAUUUUUACUAUAUUACUUCUGAAUACCAAGUUCCUAACAAAUCACAAGCAGUGAAGUGCUCUUAGGCUUCUGGGCUUCCCAUUGGCAUCUGGCUGGUCAUUGUGAGAACAAACUACUGAAUUAUAUAGACAUUUGGUCUGACCCAGCUUCUGAUUUCCCCAUAAAGCAGUCAGCAGUAUGAUUUACUGACCAUUUUAAUAUUAUUGAUUACAUAAUUCAAACACUUCAGUCAUGGCAGGAAGGCCAGAUACAAAAAGUGCUUUAAGACAGACAAGGUUCCAGUAGCGGUGAGCUGCUGAUAGUUUUGAGAGUUUUGCAAACACACGUAACAACAAAUGCUUUAAUGCUAGCAGAAGCAAAGUCCCCUGCCCCUCCAGAGAAGGGAGCAGGAGGAUGGAAGACAGAUAUGGGUCAGUGUGGCUGGGGUCACUCAGUUCUGUGACCUGGCUACCCUAUCACUUGCAGUCUCUGCCCGCAGCCAUAUUAGCUCAUCCCUGGUUGGUCUAUGGAUGGGGCAACCAAGGCAGACCAGAGGGGAGACUUCUUUCUGGACCACUUAGACUUAGAGCCUAGAGGGAGCCAAUAUGAGGUGAACACCCAGUGUGGAGUUUUACCUUCUAAGUGCCAGCUGGGUGCUUUGUUUUCUUUUACACCACCUUGUAAUUUCAGUUCUCUUUUCUAUCAAAACUGUCUUGGGGUGCAUGCCUAGGGCAGGGACCAUAUUUGGGGAAAACCCUUCAGACACCUGUCAGUUCCUCUCUGAGAUGGCAUGAGGUUUGUGAGGGUAAGCAGCCAGAGCUGUUUAAACUGUCUGCUCUUGUCUGUUGCCAUUCCUUCCUGUGUCCCUCAGCAGGAAAGCUGGGGGCAUCCAGCGCCAGCAAACAGGCUGUCGGUAACACUGGAAUGUAUAGGUAUGAGAGCAGAUUUAUGGAAGCUGUAAGCAUUCAAGUGCAGCUUGUUAUACCCAAGUCCUGUGUUAGUCCUCAUCUUCAGUUUCCUCCUACUCUGCUUCCAGCUGCUGGCACUAAAGUGCUUCAGCGCUGUUAGCAUUAUAAUUCAAAUAAAUUAUUCAAAUCUUUAAAUUGUAACAGCAUGCCCACCGGAAUAUCCACCGUGGGUACUUAGUCACCCAUUAGCAUCCAUCAAGAUUAAGGAACUACAUCCGAAAUGUGCACACAGUCCUCUUCUUGCACUCAACAUUUUUGCACUCCUCAUUGCUGAAUCAGUGCCAUCUAAAUCGCCUCUACACUCUCUUUCAUCUUUGGGAACCCCCCACCCUCCCCAAGACCAACUCUCCCAAACCAACUCCCACUUAAAAGCUUUCCCUUGUCAGAUAAUUCAUUUGCAGCUCACUGUUCAUGUAGUAAGUAGUCCUGGAAAUCGAUUUUGUUUCCUUUGUACUAUUUUUCUUCCCCUAAUCUGUUCUAUCCUUAUAGGUGUCUCCAUAGGAAUUGGCAAAGGAGUGUCCACUCGCCCCCUGCUUCCUUGCCAGGAGCACAGGUCCCCAAUAAAGGAGACAGCCUGGUGUGGAAGAAGAAAUGUAGUUGAUUUACGUGAGACACUAAGCUGGGGUUAGUUAAAGCUCAUUUUCCAACUUGCAAAUAGCCCUUUAAGGAAGACAUCUUUGCUUUGGAAUAGGCAACGCCUGCCCUUCAACUUAUUUCUCUCCCCUCAAAUCUGACUUUCCCCUUUCACAUCCCUAACAUUAGAACAGCUGUUCAUACCUCUGCAGGCUAAGCAAUUUGCACUCUGGUCUUCACCUCCUUGCUACCAAUUUCAAGUGAAAGAUAACCGUAGAGAACCAAAGCUACGUAUCUAGUGCAGUGGAAGAUUAAACCAAUUAUUAAAAGCCCCCAAAGUCUCAUUUAAGAGAGUCUUGCUCAGAAACAUGUUUUUGCUUACAUACCUCUUUUGUAAAUUUGGGAGUGACGAAGCUUUCCUAAGGCUGCAUACAGACCAUACUUUUGAAGCAUGUUUAAAGCACCCCCACAAUUAUAGUACUUGACAUCAAAAUGCCCGCCUGCGUUUUCCCCCAUUCAAUCCAGAUUUACUGCUUCUGGGGGAAAUCUGCCUGGUUAAAAUACCAACCAGUCAGCAACAACCUGUUUGUGGUAUCUCAACCAUCUUUUUAAAGUACUGAGCCCCCUAAAACAAUAGCAGCACAACUUUGACUUGUGUAAAAAACCCUUCUCCCAAUUUUCUUCAAACAGGAAGGCAUGACAAAUCCUGCGAGCGAAAAUUGUGCUUGAGAAACAGCCUUCCAACAUCAAAAAUAACAUGAUUUUAUAGGAACAAGAUUUUGGAGGAUCAUUUGUCAUAUAUACACAUAUUUUUCCACAUCUUAGUUUAGCGUUUCUUCUGUGCGUUUAGCAAAGUCAGAAUCAAAGUAGCAAUAGCAAGAGUCUCUAGAACCUAAUGGAAAAAUUGACUUUUUGUAAGAGUACAUGCUGAAGCAACAGUAAGUCUGCUAGAAUCCGGCAUUUAACUUUCAUACUAUAGUGCUUAGUCAAAGGUUAACAUUCUUUAAUUAAGUGCAGAUAUUUUAGGCCUUUGCAUGGAAUUCAGCUUACACUAGGGGUGUGCUAAUGUGAUCUCCUCUUUAUCAUUUUUGAAGAAUUCUCUUUAUAUCCCAAUAAUAAAUUGAUUACAUUCAAGUAUGGCUAUACGAAACAUAGAUCUUUAUUACUUCCCAGUGAUACUGGAGCAGCUUCGUUAUGUUUUUCCAUAGUUAUCAUCAUCAACAUCACAAUAAAUACAAGGUUGUGGUGUGCGUGGCUACAAUUUCACUGUCAAGGAAAGACCUUGAAAACUGAACACAGAAAAGUUUGCCUGCAAAAAGUGGUAGAUCUUAAUGUGUUGAAACUCUCAACAGAAAUAACCACAAUGAUGCAACAAUUCAACAUGCUAUAGGCUAUUAAGGAAUGUACAAAUAGAUUUAGCUAUUUGGUUUUCACAAUCUGCAUUUGUAAACGUGAAAGAAACCUAUUUAAAUGUACUUGUGCAUGCAGUAUAGGCUUCUGUGCAGCUUGCAACAGUGACACAAUUUAGACUUACCAUUCAAAACAAACAAUUUAUAUACCUGGCAGCCUUAUACUACACUUUAUGUACAUGUAUUUGGAUUUUGUUGACUAAUAUGUGGUUGUUCAGAGUGGUUUAUAAUGUAAUCCUACACAGCCUUAAAGUGCAAUAUAUUUCUGGGACUUGACCCAAUAAAUCUCUCUUCUAAACUAGUGAAAUGCUGAUUAUGCCCAACUGACCUGCAGUGCUAUAAGAUCAUGUGGCUGGUAUUUAGCCCAUACAACACAAAAGGAAAGGGGCUUGGAGAUGGGGGCUAGUGCAUAAAAUGCACCAGUCAUUAAUUCUGAUGCAAAACUUGCUCUAAAAAAGCAUUAAAAUUUGCAAACUGACAAUGUAGAUUCUAACUCAAAUAGUGCAUAGCUUCAUUUAAAUGGGUUUGGAUGUGGCAGUACUGGGGCCCUGUACUGACAGAGAGGGUCCAAGCUGUCAGAAAGGUGUCUCCUUGGCCAUGGAGAGGGCAGAAGACAUGAUUGCUGGUAAUUGACCUAGUGAAAAGCACACGGGUGGGGUGCUUUUGGUGAAGAAUGGGCGUGGUUAGGGACAGACACAGUUCCACAUAGACCAGACCCUAUAGCUGCUGGCCACACCCUCACAACCUGGCAAAUCCCACCUAAAGGUCUGGUGGAAGGGAAACCCAGAAAGACACAAUUGAAUGUGUCGAAACCAGACUUCCCAGUUUGCCCUCCCUCCCUCAUCCAUGUGGCAGAACCAGACAGCCAACCACUGCAGUACAUUGGAUACAAACCUGUGACGUGUCAAACCCUACUCAGAAUGUCAGAACAGGUAAAAGUGCAUGAGGCUAUGCUUCUGGCUGUGGACUUGGAACUUGAGGGGGGGCGGUUCUGGUGAAAGGGCAUUUUGCACAGAACAUAAACAGAAGGCACUUUGUUCAAAGCCUGCCUCUACAGCUCAUGGGGCAAAGCUAACACUACUCUUGGGCUUCCAUCCCAACCAGGCUUUUUAGCAGCAGCUCUACAGAUAACAGGACCCAGCAGGAAAUGCCACUAAAAAAUGAUAACUGGGUUGGAGAGGACUUCACACAGCC